GCGCCACCCGCGCAAUAUCGACAGGCAUCCCAGGAGCUGUGAGCCAGAUAGUGGGUUCGCGGGCCGCUCCGCACCCAGGCGAGCUCCAAGAGCCCCUCGAGAGGGCCCAGCGGCGCGACGCCGCGGGUCCGGCAGCCAGCGGGACGAUCCACGCGGCCGCCGAGCAGAGGACCCCUUGCUGGUCAGAGCUGCGGUCAGACCCGCGCUCUGACAGCGGUGGCCAGCCAGCCAACAAGGGCAAGGGCAAGGCCACGCUGAAGGCCAAGAAGCCGAACAAGCGAGGAGGCAGAGCGGCGGACACGCGUGAGCACCGCCAGCUACGAGGGACCGCUUUUAGGAAGCUUGCGGCGUGCGGCAGCAAGGCGAAGCUUACUCAGGAGGAGCGAGCAGCGGUGAAGAGGCAGCUGGCGAGCGACAUCGAGAGGCUGACGACGGAGAGUCAGAACAUGAGGCAGGAGCUUCAGAACAGGGACGUGCAGAUCGCAGAGAUGAGAGGACAACUGCAGGGUCAGCAGCAGGCUCAGCAGCAGGCUCAGCAGCAGCGGGUAGCCCCGCGCGGCGAGAUGAUGGAUCCGAAGAUCCUUCACAAGGUGAAGCCGUUCGACGGCCAAAGGUCAAGCUGGAAGACGUUCAGCUUCCAGUACAGAGCGUACCUGAUCGCCCAGGAUCGGAGGUACCGAGAUCUUCUGGAAAGGUGCGAGGACGGAGCCCAGGAGGUGGACAACGUCAACCUGGACCCGCAGGAGGAAGAACUCAGCACGCAGUUGUACUACGGCCUGGUCCUGGCCAUGCCCGAGGACUCGGUGGGCGAGCUGAUCGUGAGGAACAGCCCAGUAGGAGAAGGAGCCGAGUGUUGGAAGAAGCUUCAGAAGGAGUACAACCCGAGCGAGGCAGGCAACGUGCUGGCGAUGUGGACCAAGCUCACGGACACGAAGCUCGACACCAAGGAAGACGUGAUGGUGAGCAUCAGCAAGCUGGACGAGGACAUGGCGAGGUACCAGAAGAUGGCAGGAGAGCCCGUCUCGGACCUGAUCAAGCGCGGCAUCCUCACAAAGGCGCUGAAGGAUCACGACGAGCUCCAGAAGCACGUGUUUCGGAACAGCAGUCGGUUAAGUACGUACGAGCUUCUGAGAGCCGAGGUGGUGUCGGCGUUGGCGGCAGAGCGAGCGGUUCAGGACGACCCGAUGGAGAUCGGAGCGCUGAAGGGCGGAAAGAGACCGUGGAAAGGCCGCGGCAAAGGGAAAGACGGAAAAGGCAAGGAGAAGCCACCGAAUCCCGACGCCGAGAUCGAGUGCCACUACUGCCACAAGAAGGGUCACCGCAGCGCAAACUGCCGAAAGCGGAUCGCCGACGAGAAGAAGACACCCGAGAAGGACAAGAAGGACAAGAAGCAGUUCCGAAAAGAAAAGGCAAAAGAAAAGAAGAAGAUCGGGGCAGCGGCAGUCAGGGAGCUCGAAAGGUUACGACAGACAGGAGUGGGCACAGGUCACAAGAAGCGCAGCCACACGAUCGACUGGAAGUACUGCUUGCCUAGCUACUACCAAUAUGUGUGCUGCUCUUGCAAGAAGACCUUUGAAGGACGGCGAUGGCACUACGAUCAGUGGAAGCUGGACUACUGUGCCGUGUGUGCCGAGUACUGCCUGGACGGCCUCAAGGACGGGGAAGAGACAGACGACGACAAGAAGCCAAAGAAGCGCAAGAAAGGUGCGCAGAUCAGUGCGAUACCGAGGUCACAGGUGACCAAGCACAACUACACGCCGACGGACAGCAACGUUGUCGGCUUGAAGGGCAUAGGAGGCGAGGAGAUCGAGAGGUACGGCCACGUGGUCACUGGAUCAUCAACGGUACCAUCGAGCCACCUGAUGGAGCUGAGUUCGUACCUCUACGUCGUCACCAAGGAACCAGCUGAUGAGAACAAGAUCCCGAAGGUGGUGUUCGACAUCUUUUACGUAGGGACGGACCAGCUGGCUGCGAAGUACAAGCUUAAAGGAGGUUACUUCAGCAUCAGGGAGAAGACGUCGGUCACGAAGGCCGAGUUAGACCAAGCGGUCUCUGUCUUGAAUGUUAUCGACUGUAAGAUCUUGGCUCAGGCGACGUUGUACGCGAACAAGGAGACGGAUGACUACAAGGUGUCCUUCCUGCUAGGCGUGCUGGAAGCUUGGGGUCACACAACAGUCAUACUUCAGACAGACCAGGAGCCUGCCACCAUGGCUCUGGCGCAGGCAGUUCGAGAUCGCAGAUCACACUCAACCUUGGUGCGGGGAUCACCGCCCUUUUCCAAGCAGAGUGCAGGCUACGCUGAAGGAGGUAACAAGCUAGCUGCUGGUCUACUUCGAGCCUACAAGCUGAAGCUGGAGCACAAGCUGGGCAGCGAGAUCAAGAUGACGGAUCCGAUCGUGCCAUGGCUUGUGAACUCAGUGGGGUGGAUGAUCACCAGAUUCCAGCCUCGCAGUCACGGAGGUUCCUCCUACAAGAUGCUCUACGGCAAAGAGUACAACGGCGAGAUUGCGGAGAUGGGUGAGCAGGUCUGGUAUCGGAUCUCAGCCCGAGUUGCCGCGGGACGUGGCAAAUGGGAAGCCCGCUUCGCAAAAGGAAUCUGGGUUGGUAAGAGCGAGCUGGACGACACACAUCUCGUGAUCGAUCCUGAACGUGGAGUGCAGAAGGUGAGAACGGUGCGAAGGAUGCCUGAGGAGUUCAGGUGGCAGCCCGAGCUCAUCCAGCACAUCAGGGUGACGCCCUGGAAGCAGACGCCCGACAAGAGUUCAGGAACGAUCGGACGCAGCAUGUACAUCACGGAGCGCAUGAUCGAUGCUCAUGGUCCUACCGACGAUUGCAGGAAGUGCAGUACAGGAUACGGUUCGCAUUCGGCAGCCUGCCGACAGCGUUUCGAGACCAUUCAGACCGACUUGCUGCGCGAGAAGUUGGCGAAGGACCCUGUGGCCCCUGAGGCUACAGUCGUGGUGCCAGCGCCGGCUGCGGGAAGCCCCGCGCCUGGAGCGACUUUCGGCGAAGCGCCCCAGGUGAAGUUCAUGAAGGAGCUGAGGAGCCACUUCGGAGAUCCUGAGGAGCAGCAGGUGGAGCAGAUGGUUGAGGUGAGCGCCGAGCUGCAUGAGAAAGACCAGUGGAGCCCAAAGACGAUACACUACGAUUACUACACUGGAGAGCCUCUGGAUGAGGACCUGUAUCAGAAGGGUCGCGACGACGAGCUGCAGGCCAUGAAGGACUAUGGGGUCUACGUGGAAGUGGCGACAUCGACGGCGACCGACGGCAAGCACAUUGGAGGGUUCCCGAUAGCCCACAUGAAAGAAGGAAAGGUCAGGUGGAGGUUCGUAGCAACCGAGGUGAACAAGUACGAGGUCAGGGAGGACAACCACCAAGGCACGCCCCCGCUCAUGAUCGUCAGAGCGACGCUGAGCCGUGCCGCUUCAAGUCCAACUUCCAGCGGGCAGCACCUGCGGAAGAUACAAGUCUGGGACGUCAGGAAGGCUUUCUUCAACGCUGACUUAGACGAGACGAUCUACGUGCAUCCUGGGAGAGAGCUGUGUCCGCCUGGAAGGUGCUGGUGGUUACGCAAGGCCAUGAACGGUACCAGGAAGGCGUCGCAGAUGUGGGGAGCGGUGGGGCAGACUACAUACCUCAAGAGGACGAUCGGCUACACCGACAAGUUGCCAGGUUGCGAGGAGCCAGGUUUCUUCUGGACUGCCGAUCCUAAGCAUGUGGACUUCAUGAUCAAGUGGACGCAGAAGCGAGGACUUCAGUGUAAGACGUACCUGAUCGAGACCCAGAGGCCCUGCAACCUGAAGAUCUAUAGUGACAGCACAGCUGGACGUGGCAUGUGCAGUCGAGUUGGGGUGGGCAAGGUCAGGCACCUGGAGUUGAGGUACUUGUGGAUUCAGGAGCGGUUGCGUCUCAAGGCGUUCGAGCUGCACAAGGAGGACACCAGCAAGAUGACAGCCGACAUGCUCACGAAGUACAGCGAGUGGCCGACAAUCGAGAAGCAUUGCACCACUCUCAACCUCAGGUUCGGAAAGCAGUUGAAGGGCUUGAGCGCAAUGGCAGUUUUCACGGAGGUCGUGACGAAGGCGUCAGGCGAGAAGGUGACAGUGUACGGAGGUUCUGACGAGGUUGCGGUUUGCCCCGCGCCUGUCAGCCACUACGUGGACAGCGAGGAGUUCUGGUUCUUCCUGAAGUUGGGACUAGUUGUGGUGACUGCAGCCAGUGCUUUCUUACUGGGGUGCUGGUGUGGUUGUUACUUCAAGGACUUAUACGACAAGUUCCUCCUCCAGGGUGCGGUUGACCCCGCCUCUGGAAGCACGUGUAUACCAUCUGCGCGGGCUGAGGCCGAGUUCAAGACCGUGUGUGUACAGCAGGACAAAGGAGCAAGGCACAAGCUCUUAAGCACGUUUCUUGUAGCUGAGCUGCGAGCUGUCUUGAAGGCCAAGAGCCUGGCCGUGUCAGGGAUCAAGGAGGACCUAGUCACGAGGAUGAUCAAGCACGGAUGCGUUCUGUCGGAUCGCCAGGCCAAGGAGAUCGAGCAGCUGCGAGUGAUGGCUACAGCGCGAGGACCUCUCACCAAGCUCAGCUUGCAGGACAUCAGCAGUCCAGAGGCCGCGCAGAAGUGGAUCGAGACGUUCAAGAGCGAGUGCAGAGACCGUUCCAGAGGCUCUCAGGUGAUCCACGGAGAGG